GAAACUCCGGCAGGAUGACGCGGUGCACGCGCAGCUGAUGAACAGAACACACGGAUGACCACAGAUUGAGACUGGAGGCAUCUGAACCCACGUGUGCAUUAUGAAGGAGAACAGGUCCUCGUGUCAGAUGGAGCAGCUGCCCUGUGCGUGUCUACUGGACUGCCACAGACAGACCCACUCCCGCAGCGCCACCGCCACCAUUCCUCUCAGACACAGAGCCAACGGGGCUGUGGGCGCCUUGUGCAGCAGUCCCAACUGUGUGGUGUCCGACAGGCUGGAGGACUCAGGGCAGGGGCGGUUCGGGACCGGCAGGGUGCUGGUCACAGGGGGAGCCGGGUACUUCGGAUACAGACUGGGCCGUGCUCUGGCCAAGCAGGGGGCUGUCGUGGUGCUGCUGGAUCUCCACCAGCCACCUUGGGACAUCCCGGAUGGAGCCGUCUUCCAGCAGAUCGACAUUCGGGAUUAUGAUGCUCUGUAUAAGCUCUGUGCAGGAGUGGACGUCAUAUUUCACACGGCGUCCUAUGGGAUGUCAGGACCUGAACAGCUAAGGAGAAAGCAGAUUGAGUCAGUCAAUGUUGGUGGCACAAACAACGUCAUAAACGUGUGCGCAGAGCGGGGCAUCUCCAGACUCAUCUACACCAGUACAGUGAAUGUGGCGUUUGCUGGACGGCCCAUUGAGGACGGAGAUGAAGACUCAGUUCCCUGUGUGCCGCUGGACAUGCACAUCGACCAUUACUCCAGGACUAAAGCUAUCGCUGAGCGCAUGGUGCUCGCUGCCAAUGGGAGAUCAACAAAAGGUGGUCUUCUACACACAUGUGUCCUGCGCCCCUCUGGUAUCUACGGUCCUGAAGAGAGGAGGCAUUUACACCGAGUGAUGGUGAACGUGGAAAGACGGUUGUUCAGCUUUUGUUUUGGGGAUCCCAACGCCAAGAUGAACUGGGUGCAUGUGGACAAUCUGGUGACGGCGCAUGUUUUAGCAGCGGAAGCACUUACUGCGGAGAAAGCCUUUGUGGCGAGUGGCCAGGCCUACUUCAUCAAUGAUGGGGAGUCGGUGAAUGUCUUCGAAUGGCUAACACCACUGUUUGAAAGACUGGGUUACGGUCGGCCACUGAUUCACCUUCCUGUGUCUCUGGUCUACUCAGCAGCCAUUCUGAUGGAGCGUCUGCAUGUGGCUCUGAGACCUAUAGUGGAAAUCCCUUUGCUUCUGACCAGAAAUGAGGUGAGGAACAUCGCAGUCAGUCACACCUUCAAGAUCGAGAAGGCUCAGCGUGAUCUGGGCUUCAGUCCUCAGAGAUUCAGCCUGACGGACUCAGUGGAUCAGUAUCUGCAGAGUCGACCGGUGCGCUCCACUUCUUCCUUCAGCACACACCACCUGAUGCUGUUGCUGCUAAUCUGCGGGUUCAUCGCUCUCUUCAUCCGCUGUGCAGCCUGGGAAUGA